CCUCUCACACUCUCUCUCUUCUCAACAAUGGCUUCACUCAAAUCUCUCUCCCUCCUCUUCCUCUUCUUCUUCACAGCUCAAUCUCGCUUAACCACAAACUUCUACUCAAAGUCAUGCCCAAGAUUCCUCGACAUAGUCCGUGACACAAUCACAAACAAACAAAUCACAAAUCCAACCACCGCAGCCGCCGUUACCCGUCUCUUCUUCCACGACUGUUUCCCUAACGGUUGCGACGCCUCCGUCCUCCUCUCCUCCACCGCCUUCAACACCGCAGAACGUGACUCCUCCAUCAACCUCUCACUCCCUGGAGACGGCUUCGACGUCAUUGUCCGAGCCAAAACAGCUCUUGAACUCGCUUGUCCCAACACAGUUUCUUGUUCCGACAUAAUCUCUGUCGCAACACGUGAUCUUUUGAUCACCGUCGGUGGUCCUUACUACGACGUUUUCCUCGGCCGUCGUGAUUCAAGAACUUCUAAAUCUUCUCUUUUAACCAAUCUUCUUCCUCUUCCUUCUACACCAAUCUCUAAAAUCAUUCAACAGUUUGAAUCAAAAGGUUUCAAUGUUCAAGAAAUGGUUGCUCUUAGUGGAGCACAUUCUAUAGGGUUUUCACAUUGUAAAGAGUUUGUGGGUCGGGUGGGUCGGAAUAAUACCGGGUAUAACCCGAGAUUCGCCGUGGCUUUGAAGAAAGCUUGUGCUAAUUACCCUAAAGAUCCGACUAUUUCUGUGUUUAAUGAUAUUAUGACUCCUAAUAAGUUUGAUAAUAUGUAUUAUCAGAAUCUUAAAAAGGGUCUUGGGUUACUUGAAUCGGAUCAUGGGUUAUAUUCUGACCCGAGAACUCGAACUUUUGUUGAUCUUUAUGCUAAGAAUCAAGAUCUGUUUUUCAAAGAUUUUGCUAGAGCUAUGCAGAAGUUGAGUCUUUAUGGUAUAAAGACUGGUAGAAGAGGAGAGAUCCGAAGAAGGUGUGAUGCUAUUAAUUGAGUUUAUGUUUUUUUUUAAAUUUAUUUAUUUUUGGGGAGAUUUGGAUUGUGAAUCUUCUGAGUUACACUUAUAUGUUUUUGUGUAAUGUAAAACAAAUAUGGUUGAUUGUUCUAAUUAAAGAUGGGUUUGGUACAAAAAUUGUUAACCUUUGUGAAGAGAUUGAAUGUGAUGAUUAUGUAAAGCAGUAAAGGAUAGGUUCAGUG